AUGACUGGACGUGGCAAAGGCGGAAAGGGCCUCGGCAAGGGCGGCGCCAAGCGUCAUCGCAAGAUUCUCCGUGACAACAUUCAGGGCAUUACCAAACCUGCCAUUCGGCGUCUAGCUCGCCGUGGUGGUGUCAAGCGUAUCUCUGCUAUGAUAUACGAAGAGACACGCACAGUCCUCAAGACCUUCCUGGAAGGCGUCAUCCGCGAUGCGGUCACAUACACCGAACACGCCAAGCGAAAGACAGUCACAUCACUGGACGUGGUCUAUGCCCUGAAGAGACAGGGCCGCACUCUCUACGGCUUUGGUGGCUAA